AUGUCCAAACUUCCGCAGUUUGGGACGUUUGUUCUACAAGCAAAGCAAAGAAAUGGCGCAACAUGUCACAACGGCCUUCCUCUCGCUUCGCCGUCGAGGGAAAUGCUCGGACGGUUCGAUGAUUUUAUUAACUUUCAUAACAAAUUAUUUUUUCAGCUUUCCGUACGUUCAGAAUGCUAGGCAUGCUAAUCUUGCCCAAUAUUUUCGGUUUUCCGAAUCUGUCAUUGGUAAGAUGGUGUUUAGUCAAAAAUCAUUAAACAAUUAUGAAUUUCAGCUCGGGAUCUAGUUUUUCUCGUGGCCGAGCACUACAACGAUACGCUCACUUCAAUCCUUCGCACCAACAGUCACGAGCUGUCGCCACUAUCAAUCUACACAGAUUUAUUAUAUGGACUUGAAUACUUGCACAAUCGCAACCUUGUACACGGUCAGCUCGAACUCGAUUCCGUAUAUGUCACGUGGACCGGAAAUAAGAUGAUGUGCAAGAUGACAGGUUUCGGUUUUCCGUAAGUUAAUGUUCAAGAAAAAAAGCUAUUGAAACACUUGCGCAAUUUGCAAAGAAAGAUGGACAAUUACAUACAGAUUUCUAACGGAUCACGGAAACUAUGCCAUCUCACCGAACAAAUGUGAUUCAUUUCUUGCUCCUGAGCAAUAUCUCUACCCAACCUCGUGUUCAUUUGACGCGACUUUUUCUAUGGAUGUAUGGGGACUCGGGAUUGUUCUUCUGCAAGUUUACCUAGUUCGUUUAUUUAUCCGGUUUUUCAACAAAUCAACUUUUUUUUUACAGAAACUUGUGCUCAAGGAGCUGAUGACGGAGGACGAUUAUGUCUCUCUCCUCAUUCAAAACGCUGGCGACGGUGGAUCUUUUCCGCGAGCUAUCAUCAACUUUGCUGAGCUGAAGAUCGGGAAACUCACACAUUCUCUCUGCUCAUAUGUGAGCUACUGGCUCCACUGUGAAAGUAAACAUUUCUCAUUCCAGACAGAAGGGAUACUCGCCAAUAUAGUCACUGUUAUUUUGGAUGAUAGAAAAGACAUUGGUUAUCUUGUACAAUAUGAGCUGGACUACGGAGUAAAAGAAGUUGAUAGCAAACAGACGAUCACUUUCAAGAGUGCGGAGGAGUUGCGCAGAGAAGUCUUGGGUGUGUAGCGUCAAGACUAACCUUAUCAAAAGAUGUUUAUAAUACAGAGGGAAAAUGAAAAUAUAUCAAUAGAAAAACAUUAGUAGAAUGGCGUUGCGUUGUGGCACAUCGACAGCGAGUUACACAAUGAGCGAAUAUUUUAGAGCUACCCACACACACAUCUUCCUUUUUUAGGUUUUUGUCGGAUCACGUUUUCAACAAUGUUUCGACUAAAAAUAUGUUUUCAAAAGGCUCUGUGUUACAAAUUUGUACUGAAACGGCCUGUGUAUAAUUUUCUCUAUAUAUAGCUCUUUUAAAAAUGCACUUCGAAUGAAUUGUUUUCUGCCAGAAAGACGAAAAGUCGCACAUUCUGGCAAAUGCAUAGAAUCUAGAGAUUUUGUGCCGUAAUUCGUCAAGAGACUAUGAUUUGCAUAUUCACCGCAAGUUUUGUCGAGUUCAUAACUCAACGCAACUAAUUACUGGUUUGUUUUUCAGAGGAAAAGAAGAAUCCGCCACACCUUCCACUCGAAGAUGUCCUCCACAUUUGGGAAAUGUCCGGUUCUUCGGUGGAGACAAUUCUUUUGAAAAUGGGAGUAAUCUCUGAUGUCGCGCCCAUCAUUACGUGAGUUUGCACCAAUGCGUUCUACUGUUUUCACCUUAUCUAUCUUCAGAUUGCCACCUCAGUUAUCGAAAAGUAGUCGCGGUUACAAUUCUGAAAUCACUGGAGACUUUGACUCCUCGAUCAUUUCUCUUCCGAACAGCCGACUUCUUUCCGUAUAGUUCCUGGAAUUCUUCAUAAUUUUGAAACAUUUAUUUCAGAAAGUUGCAAACCGCCAACAAUUCGAGUCAGAAUCCUGGUUUAGUUUGCAGUCAGAUUUCAAAUCGGGGAAAACGCCGACGGGCAUCUCGAAUACCGCCACAUUGUAUCAUCUGUUGGACGCGCUUGGUGUUGGAACUGGAAAGGACGUUGUCGAGUUUUUGGAACACCAUUCGGUGCUUUCACAUCAGAGAAGUACCGGUAAGCAAGAUGAUUGAAAGAUAAUGUUUCCGUGAUUUUCGGAUACUAACUAGUUGAGAAAAUCAAGCAAAUGAUACUAAAUUUUAUGAGUCGAACAGAGUAUGUAUUCAAUCAGUUCAAAACUCAAUUUCAGUUUGGAGAUCUUUCCUCGGAAUAAGUGAGACAUCUCGGACAGUUAUACGGGGAUUGGAUUUGAUGUCGCCACACGAAAGUGACCGUCAACUGGAUGUCGACUUGCCCAGAUGUCAUCAAUACGAUCGAAACAUGACUACCCCCCAUGUUCAAGAUUCGUUGCGGAAGAUUAUCAAAGGAUGGCUACUAAUUCCGGGAUGCGAGCACGUCUAUUGGCAGGGUUGCGACAGUUUGGCCUCGCCAUUCCUUCUUACCCACCUUGACGACUUGGGCAAGUAAUUGACACUUUUUUGCAAUCAAUCAGUAUUUUUUAAGAAACCGCACUGGCCUGCUUCGAUGUUUUUACUCGCCGAUACUGUCACAAUCUAUUCCUACAGGAUAACAGUUCCGUCAUCAAAGGUGAAUAACCGUUUGAAAAAAAUUCAACACCGUGUCGUGCUUUUUUCAGAGUAUCUCGCGACGUUUUAUCUACUUUUGGCAUAUGUCGACCCUGCGCUGCACAAUCACUUCAAGAUCACUGGUUUCGAACCGGAACUUUUCGCCAUUCCCUGGUUUCUAACAUGCUUCGCACACGUUCUCCCGCUCGAAAAACUCAUGAUCCUCUGGGAUUCGGUUAUGAUGAAUGGGGACAAUUACCCGUUGUUUGUCGGACUGGCGAUGCUUCAUUGUCAGAGAGAAAAACUUCUGCAAAUUCUUUUCAAUGAAAUAAUAGGGGUGAUACAUGACACUGCCUCAAUUCCUAUUCAGGAUGUUGUUGAUCGAGCUAAUCAGUACGUCAAGAUUGUUCCUCAAGGAUGCUCGUUUCGCUUAUUUUCCAACUGUUGGUCAGGUGAGUAUAAGCAAAAGUUUGUGACUUUUGUAUCUGAUCGUGUGAAUAUAUGUAUAUAUAUUUAAAUCACAUUACAUAUACUGUAGAAUAUGUAUACACUGGCUAUUCAGUUCUGUUGAAAUGUGAUACAAAUGUGAUAAACAUUCUCACCUCACACUCAACAGACCGGUGCUCUUCGAAGCAAUCUAAGCGAAACAUUUGCAGCGUUGUGAGAGACUGCAAGUGCAUAUUUCAAAAAUAAGCAAACUUAAGAACUCAAUACGAACUAGUAGAAGCAUCAAAACAGUGUGUUUCAUGAGUUCCACCCUCAAAAUAGAACAAAGACGUAACCACAGAAAAGAACCGAGUUAAAAAAUAUUUUAUAGCAAUAUACAUAUUUGCAGGGCAGAAACUAACCGGUCUGGAGACGUUCCGUCAGAAUUUGAGUAACCUUUCUCUUGAGGAACGGCUUGUUCUCCCGUGUCCUCAAAUGUCAAUCGAAGAAUUAACCUACUAUUUGGAGAAAUCACAAAUUCUUGUCAUUGACACCAGGUCAACUGACGGGUGAGUGGUUUUUUUUGUCGAAAACAAAAACACUGAAUCAUUUGCAGAAUUAAAAACAAUACAAUUCCUCGCUCAAUAAAGAUGGACGAGGCGACAAGCCAGGAAGAGAUUUUCUAUGUUUUCCGCGGAGUCGAGUAUGAGAAUUAUGUCUCCGAUGUGUCAUUGGAGAGGAAAGUGCGUAUCGCGCGUGCUCUGGACGCAAAUUCCCCGAAAGUAUUAAUCUAUAAUGCUGAUUCCUUUGCCACUGCAACCAAAGUAAAAAAAAACCAUUAAGUAACAACAAAUUAACUCAAUUUUUUCAGACAGCUGAGAAGUUGGUUCGCCUCGGAGUCACCAGCGUUUGCCUCCUCGCCAAGCCGUUCGAGAUUGUCAAUAUAUGA